AUGCAUCAGCAAGUUGGAAUAGCAAGUAGCUACCAAACGUCAUCCUCAUCGACGCCCAGCAUUUUGCUAAAUACUACUUCAUCUUCGGCAUCUUUGAAUCAUCAUCAGCAGCAGCAGCAACAGUAUCAUUCUCAAGGUGGGGGAUAUCAACAACAAAUCAAUAUGAUGAAUAAUUAUAGUAAUAAUAAUAGUACAUCAUUGGGAACCAAUAAUAAUAAUAAUUUGGAUACUAUGAGUGGUGUUAGUUAUGAAAGGCUUGGAGGAACGGAGAAUAAUCCGUAUCCUUCGUUUCCUCUUAAUUUGAGAAGAAAUCAGAAUAAUCAAGUAAUUGCUCCUUCACCCUCAUCUACAACAACAAUUAAUUCAAUCAAUAAUAAUAAUAGUAAUAAUAAUAAUAAUAAUAAUACUAACAAAACAGGAUGUUGUGGUGGAUCGAAUAAGAAUAAUCAACAAGCAAACACCACCAGUAAUAAUAACGUUUCUCCCAAUAAUCCACCUCAAGGAAUGCACUAUUGUGCUUGUAAAAACUCAUAUCAACCUGGAGCCUCUGAUUGUGAGUUCCAACAAUUCAUUACCAAAUUUGCCAACGUUCCGAAUACUACUCCAUCACCCAACUCUGGAUCGACUUCACCUCCUUCUAGUGUCACACCAGAGGAUAACUUAUCAAUGCACACUUCAACUGUUGAGAAAGCUCUUCCGAAAGCCAAUACAUCCUGUUUAUUGUGUAAAUUAAGACAUAGAAAGUGUGACUAUAGUCAUCCUUCCUGCACACAUUGUAUGAAAGAAAAUAGACAGUUUUGUCUCUACAUUAGUAAUGUAAAGAGAGGACCAAAAAAGCAAAAGGAUGAUGUGGAUAGUAUGGACCUGGAUACAAUCACCAAAGAUAAUAUCGACACUAUUUACAAGACUAUAUAUCAAAAUAUUUCUAAUAUCAAAGCUGAUAAUGAAGUGGUAUCAAAGUUGUCAUUCCAAUUAUUCAGUAAAAUUGUUGACAAGCUUCUUCCACGUUCGGCAAAAGAAGAUAUCUAUGAAUUAAUGAGGGUAGCCUUACAUCCAACGAAUGAGGUUUUUUCUGGUGAUAUGGAUCAUUUCUACAAGUAUUUUUACAAGAUUGGAGAAAAGGAAAUUGCUCUCGUUUCUAUUUUGCAAGCCAUAGCCCUUCAAAGAUUAAAUUACAAACAACUGGCAGCUAGACUCUAUGAGAAGGCAAGAUCAAAGAUGUCUGUCAUAUUUGAUCAUGUAUCGGAUUUUAAACUCAUUGCUGUUUAUGUAUUUGUGGCAAUCUACUUGUUGGGAGAUGGUGACAGACCAAGAGCUGAAUACUUUCUCAAUCAUGUUAAAUUCUAUGUUAAAGAAUUUCAACCAACAAUGCACGAAGCACAAUUUCUACUCAGAACUGUACUUUUAUCAGAAUCAAUUUUGCAAGAUAACUACGACCAACUUCUCAAACACUACGAAAAUAUUCUCCUCUUCUUUACACCUCAACAACACGAUCCUGAAAAUUUACCUCAAUCUGCCAUCAAUAGUAUUUCCAGUUAUAUUGUAAAUUCAAAUGAGAAAAUGUUCAAACCUGGAAGAUGUAGAAUUGGAGAUGCUGAUUCUAAUGGAGAAUUGAAAAGGCAACUGAUUCAUUUGAGAGAAAUUAUUGAUAAGAGUAAUCAGGAAUAUCCAAUUGGUUAUCAACAUUUAUUGGACUCACUACUUAAUUCUAAUGAUGAUAUUAACAAUUUGUGUAUUAAUUUCAAACCUGAGAGCUCUGAACCUUUAGAACAGAAAAUUGAACAAAUUAAUAUGGCCAUCGAGAAUAUAAGAAAACAAUACGGAAGCUGGGAUUUUCUUGGAAACACUUUCAUAUCCAUGCUAUACAGCAUUGUAAUUUUACACAAGCACAAAUCAUUCAACACUGAUGAAAUUUCAGUGGAUGCUGUCAAAUGUGCUGACAUGAUUACCAAAUCAACAGAGUACGAUGAUUUUUCACUUUCUUCAUUCCCUGCCUCCAUUCCUCUCUCAAUUGCCUGUAAAAUUCACAUGAGCUCUAUGAGAAAUAUCCUUCGAUCAUCCACCCUCAUCAUUCACGAAUACUCAGAACAAUUGAGAAACUAUUUACAAAAUGAUUGUGAUGCUCUCCAAAUGCUCACUGCUAAAUUCCCCCUUGUUGAGAAGAGAUUCUCAACCUUGGUAAAAGAUGCUCAACAAGCAUUAGGAAAAUAUGCAGAAAUGAGAAUGACUCAACCUCAAAGAUUUGUUUCCCUUGACUCUAUUUCCAAACAUUUCCACAUGUAAAUUUCCUUUGAGUCAUAUUCUCAUAAAUGCUCGGAAAGAUCUAACGAAUAAAACUUUCAGUUACAUUGUACUGGAUAUUCCCGCUC